UAACCGAACCGAAACCGUACCUCUACGGUACUUCCCUUCCCUGCUGGCUUAUUCCUUUCCUUAACCACUAGCGCGUAAAAAUAAAAAAUAAAAGGGAAGACUGGUACUGCAUUAAGCAUUAGCGCCACCUUUAAGCGAUCUCUCAAUAUCUGAGAACCCAUAAGAUCCGAUCAAUUUCGUCCCGUCCACUGCUCGUAGAAUCGGAAUUCUUCAUCCACGCCGACUAGACAUGAGUUUCCUCUUCGGCAAGAGAAAAACCCCUGCAGAACUUCUGCGGGAAAAUAAGAGGAUGCUGGAUAAAUCUAUUAGAGAGAUAGAGAGGGAGAGGCAAGGUCUGCAGGCUCAAGAAAAGAAACUAAUUGCCGAGAUGAAGAAGAGUGCUAAGCAAGGGCAGAUGGGAGCUGUGAAAGUAAUGGCAAAGGACCUUAUUAGGACAAGACAUCAGAUUGAGAAGUUCUAUAAGCUGAAGUCACAACUCCAGGGUGUCUCUCUUAGAAUUCAGACAUUGAAAUCUACACAAGCAAUGGGGGAGGCGAUGAAAGGUGUGACGAAGGCAAUGGGCCAAAUGAACAGGCAAAUGAACUUGCCAUCACUACAGAAAAUUAUGCAAGAGUUUGAGAGGCAAAAUGAGAGGAUGGAAAUGGUGACCGAGGUCAUGGGAGAUGCCAUUGAUGAUGCAUUGGAAGGAGACGAGGAAGAGGAGGAAACAGAAGAACUAGUGAGCCAGGUUCUUGAUGAAAUUGGAAUCAACAUAAAUCAAGAGCUUGUGAAUGCACCAUCAUCUGCUGUAGCUGCGCCAGCUGCAAAAGGCAAGGUUGCACAAGUGGAAACAACUGGGAAUGAUGACAGUGGGAUAGAUAGUGAAUUACAGGCGAGGUUAGAUAAUUUAAGAAGGAUGUAAUCUUUAUCUUGUUACACUUAUAAAAUGUUUACAUCUACACUGAAAAGAUCAUUAGUUUGGCCUGUGUAGCAUUGGUGACAGUAGUUCCAGAAUUUUAACUCCUGGUUUGGGGGACAUGUGGAAGUUGUAUAAAAUAUUUAUUUGGAUAUAUUUACACACAAAAAUCUGAAAUGCAUAAGGAAAAUUGGUUUUGAUUUUUC